CUAUAUUCUACUUUCUUCAAGGCUUGGAGAAAAAGAAUCCCCAAUUCGAACAAUCCCUGCAGUUUGAAGGGUUUCUUCUUUUCCUAUUGAAUCGAAUCUCAGUGAAAGAAAGUAAUCGGAACCCUAGCUUUUUUCCCAUCCGUCCUUUAUCUCAAGAAUCACUAUUUCACUCAAUUUCAGAUUUUGGCGAAGAUGACUCAAGAUGUUGAGAUGAAGGAGCAGCAGCCUGCCCCCGCUGCUGACAAUUCCGUCUCGUUGAUUUCGCCCUCCGUUCUUGAGCAAUUGAAGGACAUAGCUGCUUUGAUUGAGACGGGGGCUUACACACGUGAGGUUAGGAGGAUUACGAGGGCUAUCCGGUGGACAAUUCAGAUAAGGAAGAAGCUAAAUGUGUCUGUGCUUUCUGCAUUUCUGAAUUCUGCAUUCGCCCCUGGGUCUGAAGUGCAUUCUCGCUUGGCGUCUUAUAUUCCUAAAGAAGAGGAUCAAGACAUGGAAGUGGAUAUAGAAACAUCUGCUACUCUUCCAUCAAAGCACUCAUUACCGGAGAUUGAGAUCUAUUGCUAUUUGCUUGUCCUAAUAUUUUUGAUUGAUCAGAAGAGAUACGAUGAGGCUAAGGCUUGUUCUUCAGCUAGUAUUGCACGCAUAAAGAAUCUCAACAGGCGGACUAUUGAUGUCCUGGCAUCCAGGCUCUACUUUUACUAUUCUCUGAGCUAUGAACUUACUGGUGAUCUUGCUGAAAUACGAGGCUCCUUGCAUGCUUUGCAUCGUACUGCUACUUUGCGCCAUGAUGAGCUGGGGCAGGAGACACUUUUGAAUCUGCUGUUGAGGAAUUACCUCCAUUACAACUUAUAUGAUAAAGCGGAGAAAUUAAGAUCAAAGGCUCCUCGUUUUGAGGCUCACUCAAAUCAGCAGUUCUGCCGAUACCUCUUCUACCUUGGAAAAAUCAGGACAAUUCAGCUAGAAUAUACUGAUGCCAAAGAGUCUCUCCUUCAAGCUGCAAGAAAAGCACCAGUUUCUGCUCUGGGUUUCCGAAUCCUGUGCAACAAGUGGGCUGUGAUUGUGCGAUUGCUGCUUGGAGAGAUUCCGGAAAGAACUGUUUUCAUGCAGAAAGGAAUGGAAAAGGCUCUUAGGCCAUACUUUGAGCUCACAAAUGCUGUUCGGAUAGGAGAUUUGGAGCUGUUCAAGACAGUGGCUGAGAAGUUCGCCAGCACCUUCAGCUCUGAUGGAACCAACAAUCUGAUUGUCAGGCUACGGCACAAUGUGAUCAGGACUGGUUUACGCAACAUUAGCAUCUCAUACUCCAAGAUAUCUCUUGCUGAUGUUGCUAAGAAGCUGAGAUUGGAUUCUCCGAAUCCUAUUGCUGAUGCUGAAAGUAUCGUAGCCAAAGCAAUUAGAGACGGUGCGAUUGAUGCCACACUUGACCACGCUAGUGGAUGGAUGAUAUCAAAAGAAACUGGGGACAUAUACUCAACAAAUGAGCCUCAAAUCGCAUUCAACUCCAGGAUUGCUUUUUGCCUUAACAUGCACAAUGAAGCUGUGCGUGCUCUACGAUUUCCACCAAAUUCUGAUAAGGAAAAGGAGAGUGCAGAGAAGAGAAGAGAGAGACAGCAGCAAGAGCAAGAACUUGCUAAACAUAUAGCUGAGGAGGAUGAUGACGAAUUCUAAUGAACGAUGUUCCACCAUGGUUGUCAGUUUUUCGUACAAUGAUGUUCCUCAAACCGAUGGAGGCUACUAGCUUUGGAAUAGGUGUGAGCUAUGUCUUGGACAAGUAUAUGUUGGUUGCACUUUGAUUCAUUAAACAGCGAAGAACCGUUUUUAAUGUUGAACAUAGUUGAAAUUGCAAGUUUAUUAACAUUAAAUUUUAUCAAAAUACAUUGUGUUUCGUUCAA